UAAAAGCCCGAAAGCAAAAAUUAAAAAGGGACUUUAGCUUAUAAUCGUUUUCCCAGUUAGCCUACAUACUGACAUGGAAAAAGAGAGCUAACAACUUAAUUAGGUGCUAGAUCAAUUACGGAUCAAUAAAAUCGUACUUAACAAGCGCAAUUGAUUGUUAAUCAAUAUACACAUUUUACAUAGCCUAUCGAGAAAAAACUAUCAUAAACGGAGUAAAAGGCGCAACACGUUAAUAAAAAAGGUCAGCUAGAAAAAAAACAGAAUCAACGAAUGGGUUAAACUUGAGUCAUACCCAGCUUUGAGAAGUUGAAAAUGAGUAAAAAAAUUCCUCCGCCGUGGUAACAGAGAAAGAGAGGGAGAAAGCUAGCUAACUGGCUUGAGAUUUUUAUCAGACAAUUUUUUAAAACUAAAAAUAUUGACAUAUAUUGUAUUUUCACCGAUAGUAAGGCGGGUAAUGAUACCUUUCUAUAAAUAUUAAGAGCGAAGUUAUUGUCCAAUAAGACUUUAUACACUCUUAUUGAUAGGUCCGUCCGUAACUUGUGCGGAAGAAUACUGCGCACUGCGAAUUGCACGUCUGGCUCAGAGAGGAGAGAGAAGUUUGGAAAGUUAGACCUCAGCUUAACUUUUUCAAAACGCCGUAAACAAGGAAAAGGCUAACAAGGAAAACAGAAAGCAGGAAACAAUUUUAUGUAAACAAAGGGAGUCCUCUCUUCUCUGUAUUAUUCCUUACCAAAAGUUUUAGACUUAGACGUUGUGACGUUUCGGGGAGUAAGUUCACCUAACCUGACGGAGCUCAGCCUCGCGCUGGUGACUCUAUGUGGAUUUUACAAAAAAUAUGGGCCAAUUACCCGGAAUCUCCUCGGGCAAAGUAAUUUUUUUUAUCGCCUGUUGCAUCCGGAUUUCAUGGGCUCUGCAGUGUCUGGACUCCACCCAGCCGUGCGUGCACAACGGCACCUGCAUCACCUUCCAUAAUGGCACGGGAUACUGCAGGUGCAGCCCCGGCUACGUGGGCGAGUACUGCCAUCACCCGGACCCCUGCCGCCCGGGCUACUGCCUCAACGGCGGCAACUGCAGCGUCACGGGGAAGCCGGGCAGCCCCGCCUGCUCCUGCCCGCUGGCCUUCACCGGACCCAACUGCCAGACGCCCCAGAACUCCUCCUGCUACCCCAGCAACCCCUGCGCCCACCAGGGCACCUGCACCCUGCUCUCGCUGGACAAGCACGAGUGCCACUGCCCGCAGGGCUGGACGGGUCCCGACUGCACCCUGGAGGACAGCUGCGUGUCCCGGCCCUGCGCCAACGGGGGCGCCUGCACCCCCCUGCCGGGGGGCCGCUUCAGCUGCGCCUGCCCCGCGGGGUACGGCGGCCCCCGCUGCCAGAACGACACGGACGAGUGCGCGGCCGCGCCCUCCCCGUGCCAGAACGGCGGCGCCUGCGUGAACACGCCCGGGUCCUACCGCUGCGGCUGCGCGCCCGGCUACACGGGGCGGCACUGCGAGACGCCCUACGUGCCCUGCGCCCCCUCCCCCUGCGUCAACGGCGGCACCUGCCGCCAGACCUCCGAGUCCAGCUACUGGUGCCACUGCCUGCCCGGCUUCAACGGGACGAACUGCGAGGUGAACAUCGAUGACUGCCCGGACCACCGCUGCCAGAACGGCGGCACCUGCAUGGACGGGGUCAACACCUACAACUGCCAGUGUCCUCCUGAAUGGACAGGUCAGUUCUGCACGGAGGACGUGGACGAGUGCCGGCUGCAGCCCAACACCUGCCAGAACGGCGGCACCUGCAGCAACGUGGAGGGCGGCUACAACUGCGUCUGCGUCAACGGCUGGAGCGGGCCCGACUGCGCAGAGAACAUCGACGACUGCGCCACGGCCGCCUGCACGGCGGGCUCCACCUGCAUCGACCGCGUGGCGUCCUUCAUCUGCACCUGCCCCUUCGGCAAGACCGGUCUUCUGUGCCACGUGGACGACGCCUGCAUCAGCAACCCCUGCAGGGAGGGGGCGCAGUGCGACACCAACCCCAUCAACGGCAAGUUCAACUGCAACUGCCCCCCCGGGUACGUGGGCAGCACCUGCAACGAUGACGUCAACGAGUGCAUCAUCGGCCCUAACCCCUGUGAGCAUGGGGGCCAGUGUGUGAACACGGAGGGCUCGUUCACCUGUAACUGCGUGCGGGGCUACGCCGGGCCGCGCUGCGAGCAGGACCUCAACGAGUGCGCCUCCAACCCCUGCCGCAACGACGCCACCUGCCUGGACCAGAUCGGCGACUACACCUGCAUCUGCAUGCCGGGGUUUGAGGGAGUUCACUGUGAGAAGGACAUUAAUGAGUGCAGUAGCGCCCCCUGCCUGAAUAAUGGGAAAUGCCUGGACCAAGUCAAUCGCUUCGUUUGCGAUUGCCUUCCAGGGUUCAGCGGCGAUAUGUGCCAGGUGGACAUCGACGAGUGCGCCAGCACGCCCUGCCACAACGGCGCCAAGUGCAUCGACCGGCCCAACGGCUACGAGUGCGACUGCGCCGAAGGCUUCGCGGGGCCCCUGUGUAAGGAGAACGUGGACGACUGCGACCCGGAGCCCUGCCACCACGGCGUGUGCCGGGACGGCGUCGCCACCUUCACCUGCGAGUGCGAGUCGGGCUACACCGGCAGCAUCUGCAACCUGCAGGUGCAGGAGUGCAACAGCAGCCCCUGCCAGAACCGCGGCCGCUGCAUCGACCGCGUCAACAUGUACCAGUGCAACUGCCUGCCGGGCACCUCAGGAACCAACUGUGAGAUCAACUUUGACGACUGUGCCAGUAACCCCUGUCAGUAUGGAGAAUGCCAGGACGGAAUCAACGAGUACACCUGCAUCUGCAAGCCCGGAUACACAGGAGAGAAGUGCGAAGUUGAGAUUAACGAGUGCCACUCGAACCCGUGUCUGAGUGGCGGGACGUGCCAGGACCAGCUGAACGGGUUCAAGUGCCUGUGUCCCGUGGGCACCCACGGGCCCCUGUGCCAUUCGGGGGCCGACCACUGCGCCCCCAAACCCUGCGCGCACGGGGACUGCGUGGAGCUGCAGGACGGGUACAGGUGUGACUGUGAGCCGGGCUGGGCUGGGCAGCACUGCGAGCAGGAGCAGGACGAGUGCCAGUCGAACCCCUGCCAGAACGGGGGCACCUGCACCGACCAGCACAACGGCUACACCUGCAAGUGCAACCGCGGCUUCACAGGUGGGAACUGCGAGGUCAACAUAAACGAGUGCGACUCCAACCCCUGUCAGAACAAGGGCACCUGCGUGGACGGGGUCAAUGGCUACACCUGCAACUGUGUGCUGCCUUACACAGGAGUGCAGUGCGCGGUGAAGCUCGUCCCCUGCGCCUCACAGCCCUGUGAGAAAGGAGGCGUGUGCCAGCCGUCGCUCGACUACACCUCUUUCACCUGCCGCUGCGCCAGCGGGUGGCAAGGCCCGCGCUGCACUGAAGAUGUGGAUGAGUGCAGUACCAAUCCGUGCCAGAACAGGGCGCGAUGCCACAACAGCCCUGGCAGCUACACCUGCGAGUGCCAGCCAGGCUACAGCGGCCUCAACUGCCAGACCAACAUCGACGACUGCACCCCCAACCCCUGUCUGAACGGCGGCUCCUGUGUGGACGGCGUGGGCGGGUUCUCCUGUGACUGCCGGCCCGGGUUCGAGGGCGACCGCUGCGAGUCUGAGGUGGACGAGUGCGCCAGCCAGCCCUGCCGCAACGGCGCCAAGUGCACCGACUACGUCAACAGCUAUGUGUGCGAGUGCCAGCCCGGCUUCGACGGCAUCCACUGCGAACACAACAUCCCAGAGUGCACCGAGAGCUCCUGUCUGAAUAACGGCACUGACGGCAUCUCCUUCUCUGCCCGCUGCCUGCCUGAUGGCUUCACCGCUCUCUUCCAGUCUGAGAUCAACGAGUCGACUCGCCAGCUCCUGUCCGCAACGGGGCCCUGCUCAGCUGGACGCCUGGGGUCCUACCGCUGCUCCUGCCCCGUGGAGUACACCGGCCAGAACUGCCAGGUCCUGGCUGACCUGUGCGUCCGACACCUGUGCCUCAACGGAGGGACCUGUUCCCAGAGCGGGACGUCCUGGAUGUGCCACUGCCCCGUCGGCUGGGCUGGGCUGUACUGCGACGUCCCCAAUGUGUCCUGCCAGGCCAUCGCUGCCCGAAAACGCGUGGCGGUGGAGAACGUGUGCCAGAACGCCGGGCGCUGCUUCGACACGGGCAACACGCACCGCUGCCAGUGCCAGGCCGGCUACACCGGCAGCUACUGCGAGACCGAGGUGGACGAGUGCCUGUCCAACCCCUGCCGCAACGGCGCCACCUGCGUGGACUACCAGGGCGGAUACGAGUGCCAGUGCAAGGCGGGGUACCAGGGGGUGCACUGCCAGUACGACGUGGACGAGUGCCAGUCACAGCCCUGCCUACACGGGGGCACCUGCAUCAACCUGGUCAACCGCUUCUCCUGCUCCUGCCCGCCGGGCACGCACGGACUGCGCUGCGAGGUGGACGUGGACGACUGCCAGCCGGACCCCGGGUCCUGGGGGCCCCGCUGUCUGAACGGGGGCCAGUGCGUGGACGGGGUGGGGCGCUACACCUGCUCCUGCCCCCCCGGCUUCGCGGGCGAGCACUGCGAGGGCGACGUGAACGAGUGCCUGUCCGGGCCCUGCCACGCCCCCGGCAGCCUGGACUGCGUGCAGCUGGCCAGCGACUACCAGUGCCACUGCCGCCUGGGAUACACAGGUCGGCACUGUGAGUCCAUGGUGGAUCUGUGCCUGUCCAAACCCUGCCACAACGGGGGCACGUGUUCUAUGAACAUGAGCUCGCUCCACGGGUAUAUCUGCAAGUGCCCAACGGGUUUCUCUGGGUUCAGCUGCGGGGAGGUGGAGGGGUACACCUGCGCCAACCUGCGCUGCCAGAACGGCGGGCGGUGCCAGGAGUCGCCCGAGGGGCGCCUGCAGUGCCGGUGCCCGCCCGGGUUCGGCGGGCCGCGGUGCGAGGCGGCGCAGGGCUGCCCCGCCCGGCCCUGCCAGAACGGCGGCGUCUGCCAGCGGGACCCGCAGGGCGGCGGCCAGUACGCCUGCCGCUGCCCCGCCCGCUUCUCGGGGGCCUACUGCGAGGCGGCGGCGCCCGCGCGCGCGCCGGCCUCUCUUCUUCUUUGUCUCUGCGCCCUCCUGCGUCUGCCACCCCCCCCCUCCCGCAGGUACGACAAGUACUGCGCGGACCACUACGCCAACGGGCACUGCAACCAGGGCUGCAACACGGAGGAGUGCGGCUGGGACGGGCUGGACUGCUCGGCGGACGUGCUGCCACAGGUGGCGGACGGCACGCUGGUGCUGGUGGUGCUGCUGCAGCCCGAGGAGCUGCUGGGCGACCUGCGCGGCUUCCUGCGCUCGCUGGGCGCGCUGCUGCACACCAACCUGCGCGUCAAGAUGGACGCCCAGCACCGGCCCAUGGUGUACCCCUACUACGGGCCCGAGCCCGGCGAGGGCGGCGGCGGGGGCGGGGCCACGCUCAAGCGCCGGGCCCGCCGGGAGGUGAGGAAGGAGGUGAUUGGGUCCAAAGUGUUCCUGGAGAUCGACAACCGGCAGUGCGCGCAGAACUCGGACGACUGCUUCUCCAACACGGACCAGGCCGCCUCCUACAUCGCCGCGGAGUACGUGAAGCGGGUGGGACCCCUGCCCUACCCGCUGGUGUCCGUCAGCAGCGAGCCCCUGGACCAGCCCCCGAAGCAGCACCUGCUGUACCUGGUGGCGGUGGCGGGGGCCAUCAUCCUGCUGAUCGUGGUGCUGGGGGUGCUGGCAGCCAAGCGCAAGCGCAAGCACGGCAUCCUGUGGCUGCCCGACGGCUUCCUGGCCAAGAAGGACGGCAAGCGGCGCGAGCCCGUGGGCCAGGACGACUUCGGCAUGAAGAACAUGGUGAAACCGCAGGACGGGGCGAUGAUCGACGCCAACCAGAACCAGCGCUGGCUGGAGGAGGAGCCGCAGCCCAAAAAACCCAGGACGGAGGACAAGCCCCUACUUCCUGUGGGUGUGGAAGGGGGCGGGGUCGACCGUCGCGAAUGGACGCUGCAGCACCGCAAGGCCGCUGACAUCACCCUGACCCCGCCCCAGGCGGAGGUGGACAUCGACUGUUUGGACGUGAACGUGAAAGGCCCAGACGGCUUCACGCCGCUGAUGCUGGCCUCGCUGCGCCACGGCGGCGGGGCGGAGUGCAGCAGCCUGCUGGGCGAGGAGGAGGAGGAGAGCGGCGGCGACGAGCCGGGCGCCAGCAUCAUCGGCGACCUGAUCGAGCAGGGCGCCACGCUGAUGGCCCAGACGGACCGCACCGGCGAGACCGCGCUGCACCUGGCCGCCCGCUACGCCCGCGCCGACGCCGCCAAGCGGCUGCUGGACGCCGGCGCCGACGCCAACGCGCACGACAACAUGGGCCGCACCCCCCUGCACGCCGCCGUGGCCGCCGACGCCCAGGGCGUGUUCCAGAUCCUGAUCCGGAACCGCGCCACGGAGCUGGACGCCAGGAUGCACGACGGCACCACGCCCCUCAUCCUGGCCGCCCGCCUGGCCGUGGAGGGCAUGGUGGAGGAGCUGGUGCACUGCCACGCCGACGUCAACGCCGUGGACGACCACGGCAAGUCUGCCCUGCACUGGGCAGCGGCCGUCAACAACGUGGAGGCCACUCUGGUGCUGCUCAAGAACGGAGCCAACAGAGACAUGCAGGACAACAAGGAGGAGACGCCCCUGUUCUUGGCGGCUCGCGAGGGCAGCUUCGAGGCGGCCCAGGUCCUGCUGGACCACUACUCGAACCGGGACAUAACGGACCACCUGGACCGGUUGCCGCGGGACACGGCCCAGGAGCGCAUGCACCACGACAUCGUGCGCCUCCUGGACCAGUACAACCUGGUGCACAGCCCGCACGCCGGGCCCAACCACCUGAGCGGGGGCGGGCCCGCGGGGGGCCACGCCUCCCUGGUGUGCCCCGGCGCCGGCGGCGGCUUCAUCGGCAUGCGGCCCGGCCCCCAGGGCAAGAAGAGCCGGCGCGGCGGGGGCAAGGUGGGCGGCGUGGCGGGCGGCACCGCCAAGGAGCUGAAGGCCAAGCGCCGGAAGAAGCCGGCGGGAGGGGAGGGCCCGGGGCAGGUGGGCGGAGCCGGCGGCGUGAACGGCGGGAACGGUGCCGCCGCCGCCGCCAAGGCCGGCGCGGGGGCGGGGCUGUCGGAGAGCUCGGUCACCCUGUCGCCCGUGGACUCGCUGGAGUCCCCGCACUCGUACGCCGGCGACGCGGCCAGCACGGCCAGCGCCGCCACCUCGCCCCCGCUGCUGGGCAGCCCCGGCGCCCGCCCGCUGCUGCCCCCCGUCAGCCACAUGCUGGGGCAACAGCAGCAGCAGCAGCAGCAGCAGCAGCAGCAGACGGGCUGGGUGGGGCUGCCCAAGCACGGCUACGGCGGGCACAUGUUCGGCGUCCUGCCGCACCAGCUGGGCUCCGCCCACCCCGGCCUCUCGCAGCACCGCGGGGCCGGGCUGCUGGCCAUGGGCCACGAGCAGCUGCCCUCCAUCCUCACCUUCCAGAUGAUGGCGCCGGGGGGCGGGCAGGCCCUGCUGAAGCAGCCCCAGCUGGGGGGGCAAGGGCAGGGGGCGGGGCAGAACCAGGGCCACGCCCACGCCCACUCUCAGCAGGGCUCCUCCCACUUGCACUGCGCCCAGGGCAUGAUGUACCAGCUCCCUGACGUCGGGCUCCCCCACGCCCUGUCCCACACCCUGCCGCACCCCCACGCCCACCCCCACCCUCACAGCCACGGCCACGGCCACGCCCUCUCCCACGCCCACGCCAUGGCCGACGCCCAGCCCCGCCAGCUGCCCCCCUACCAGCCCCUGCAGAGCCCGGUGGAUAAGUACCCGACCCCGCCCUCCCAGCACAGCUACCCCACCGCCGGGUCCGAGGGCACCACCCCCGGGCACCCCGCCCAGCCCCCCAGCGAGCACCCCUACCUCACCCCCUCCCCCGAAUCCCCCGACCCCUGGUCCUCCUCCUCCCCCCACUCCAAUUCAGACUGGUCCGACGUCACCACCAGCCCCACCCCCCUGGGGAACGCCCGCUCGCUGGCCCCGCCCCGCCACACCCACCUCCUGGAGCAGGGCCAGCAGCCACAGCAGCCACAGCAGCCGCAGCGCAACAGCAUGCAGGUGUAUGCGUAGCCAUGGAUACGGACUAUCCGCCCCGCCCCCCUCCUUUCUGACCUCGUCCCCCCCACCCCCCAUCCUGCCUCAGCCCUCCUGCACUUCCUGUUUCAUCCUUUUGAGAUUUGCCCCUCCCCCCCCCACCCCCCCAGUUACACUAAUUGCCCCCCCCCCAUUCUGUCUCCCUCUGCACUUCUGCACUCUUACUCUGUAAAUACAGUGCCUUUACUUCCACCGGCCGCCUUCACACGCAGAAGCAUUGCCAACUUUGCGAAAGAGUCAAGCCAAAAACAAGUGCUCUGUCCUGCCAGUUAUUCUUUUUUUUUUUUGAAGGAUCUUAAAAAGUCUUCAUUUUUAUGUCUCCUGUAUUGACGGUCUGUGCAUUCUUAUUAGCGGCAAGAUAUCUCUUCUCGGAAAUGAAGCUCCUGGACUUUGCUUUUUCCUCUUUUAUUUUUGGGCUGCGGAUCGAUGUGAAUCUGUGAAUGACUUGGACAUAAGACAUUGUAGAAAUGCCAUUGGACAGGUGGGGAUGUUGUUGUUGAUGAUGAUGAUGAUGAUGAUGAUGAUGAUCAAAUUUGUUGAGAAAACCAGUGUAAGGACUACACAGCAGGCCUGGAGAGGCAGGACUCUACAGCUACCCUGGCAACCGCCUUUUGGGACUUAUUUUCUUUUUGAAGGAUAUAUGCUGAUAACUUCACCCUGUGCUUCUGCAGUCGCUGCUGUGUAGAGUUCUAGGGCGGUGCUUUCUGAUUCAUGCUGACUUUGUAAUCGUUAGUAUGUUAAUCUCUCUUUUUUUUUCUCCCCCGUGGUGGGUCAGGUUGUGACAUUUGUUAUGAUAAGCUGUUAUCUUUAUGUUUCAAAACAGGUAUGCCAAAUGCAUUUUUUUGCGUGUUGUUCGGAAACGUUUCUGACUAAGAUGUGGUUACGAGACAACUUGGCGUGCACUUGGCGUGUCAGCUGGCUGUCGUUUGGGCUGUCGUGUGGAUCGAUAUUGCGCCCACGCAAACUGAAAACACGCAGGCUAAUCUCUCAUCGUGUGGUUCGAAGCCAAACUGUGGUGUAAAUAGGUCUCUCUUUAAGUUGUUACAACCCCCCCCCCCCCGCCUCCCUGCCUCCCUGCCUCCCCACCUUGCCCCACCCUGCCCCGCCCAUUCCCCUCUCCUCCAGGUACCUUGUUUUUGCUUUAGUCCAACCUCCCCGACUGUCCACCAUUUUGGGGGGGGUACCGGUGGAGGGCGGGGCUGAAUAGGAUGGAGUGGGAGGGGCCAAGGCAGCCACAAACAGUCACAGUGCUUCGCUGAAGCGGGAAAAAAACCGUUGUAACUGAAGACCGGGAUUGCAGUGAGCAGCGCAGUCACGCGGCAGGAAGGGGAUAAACCUGUCUGGUUACACCGUGUUGUCGUUCCUUCUCAUCCUCCUUUACCUAGGCUGUUACGCUGUAGCGUGUAGGGACAGCGAGUCUUAAUACAGCCUGUAGUGGAGGUGGGUUCCCGUGGAAGCUUCUUCUCAUUGGCUGGUUUGCGGACAGUCAAGGAGUUGAUUGGACAAUCGAGAACAAAGACUGACACCUGUGAAACUCCUUUAGUACAUGAGGGGUGAGGGGAGCUGGACUAGGAAAAUAUUUACCCACAUUAUUAUCGUUACUGUUAUGUUUUCCAUGAGUAUCCUUGUGUACUGUUACUGUUAUUGUUAUUAUAAUUAUUGCUGUCAUCAGUGUAACUGGAUCUGAAGUUCUUUUUUUUUUAAACUGCUUUUAAACAGCAAGAUUUUUUUAAUCACAUUUAAUCACUGUUAUGUAAUUAAAAACAAUGUUUUGUGUUUAUUUUAAUUGCCUUGUGAUUUUAAAAACCAAGUCUGAAAAGUCUGUUUUUUAUGCUUUAUCCUCCUGAUAAUUUGUUAUCUUAGGGGCGUAGUCUCUCUUUGUUUUGACAUUUCUGGCCCUCCAGACAAUCAUUGAAAAGUUUUGUAUUGAGAAGUUGAGAAGUUUUGUAUUGAAAAGCUGAAAAGUUAAAAAUGUUUUGUAUUUCACGGCGGGGUCAUUUCCAGACCUGCCAAGGCCAAAUCCUAACACUGAUCUGAAGGCCCAUCCACACCUUGGCAGACCCGUGGAAUCGAUGUGUACAGCUGUCAUCCUGAGCGGGGACGUUUGCCAUUAGUGCUGUAUUUAGUAGAGCGAUUCGAAGGGUCAGUGUUCAGAUUUGGUUCUGGCCUGUAGACACUGUGUGAAUUUGAAAGAGGGCAGUACACACACACACACACACACACACAUUUAUGUGAUGUUUGUAUUUAUCUCUGUUUUUUUUUGGUUUCGAGGGAGACGGACACUCAGACGCACAGACAGGCAGGAGUUGUUACGUUGAGGAAUUGUGGGAUUGAUCCUGUGGAGGCUGGCUGACCAUGUCCUCCUUCGGUGACAUCAGACCUUUAGGACCAAUGUUAUGUUUACUGGCUGCUGCUGGCUUCUUCCAUCCCUCUGUCUUUGUCAUUUCACAGUGAGGUAUUUGUCCAUUACAAAGUGCUCUUCCUGAAUAUGCACCCCAAACUUAAUCUAAGCUGAGAUGGUCUGUCGGCAUCUAAUUUAUUUUGCUGCGCAAACGGAAGUAGCAGAAGAAUUUUUAAAAAAUUGGGUCAUAUGUUAGCGAUUGCACUUAUCUGGUUGUAGUUGCCACCAUUUCCAUUGAAAUAUAAACUGUGCAUACCUCCUGUUCCUGGCACUUAGAUUACUUCCUGUCUGAGUUUCACUUGUUGCCUGUCUGUCAGUCUGUGUGUCUGUAGCUCUUUGGAGUUUAAAUAAUAAUAAUUAUCAACCAUGAUCAAAUGAACAGCAUACUUUGAGCCUGUUAUUCUUACUUAAAUGUUUCUUGUUAUGCAAGGCCAUUUUUGAUAUGUACAUAAACUAUAUUUUAUGUCUAUUGUAUUAUUUUUUUUGUCUGUUUACCAAAUAUAUAUUCAUGUUAUAUGAAGUAGUUUUUCCUCCUGUUUUACACCAUAGAAGGAACUCGUGAAUAAAGAACAAACUUGUUUAAUUAAGAACAAAUAAAUGAGUGAAAAAACA